UUGGGGGGGGAGGACUUGAAAGCGUGAGGAGGGAGUUCCCAAAGUUUUCAGGAGGGCGGCACACAUGGUGCUUUGGAAUCCCUUCAGCCUCAUGAAAAUAAGCUGGCACGCACGACGCAGUUCAGGUUCAUUCCCUUCGGCUCACACAUGUGCAAAUGUCUCAUGAGCAGAGGCGUCCCUCGCGUUGACCCGCCGCUCUGAGGUCUCACUGAGGUGGACUUUUUGACCUGGAGGGACGAGGAGAGAGGAGAAGACAAAGAGUGGAGAAGAACGACUCCUUCUACAAGUGGGCGAGGAAGAAUGGGAUAGAAACAUCAGAGAGGUAAAAAAACAAAAGUUCCCUUUGAGGAGAUGGACUGAGGGGACAGAGAGGGGACGAAACAUCUGGCCGGACAUGGCCAGAGAGCGUCUCACCCGUGGACUCCUGCUGCGUUUGGGUGUUCUGCUCACGGCUGUGUGCGUGUGCGUGCAUGUGUACCUGGACACCGGUUGGCGAGGAGCGCCUGGCCCCUCGGGACGUCCCACCCGGUCCGGUCAGAACCGGGGCCAACCGAGCAGAACCCAACUAGAAGCGGAGGAGCGGGACAGGAGCGUCAAGAGGAGAAUCUCUUACGUCCGAACACUGAAGAAGGACAGCCGAGCCGGGAGGAGGGACGGAGACAGAGGGGAGCCCGCAGCUCGCCGCCGCCCGCACGGCAAGACUCCUCGGUGGCACAUCGACCUGGAGCCCUGGGCCGCUGAGAGCCAUUCUCUGGAGGAAGAAGCCAAAAGGUUCCUCAACUACAUCACAACACGUCAAGUGUCGUGCGCGUCGUUUGCCGGUGAGGAAGCGGCUCCGGAGGGGACCAAGGGAGCCUGGGCUGCAUGUCUGGACCCCAAGUACAGCCUGACCCGCAGAAUACACAGCAAACACUGCAGGGUGUACUCUUUUGGGCUGGGCGCGGACGAUCGAUCCCUGGAGCGAUCUCUGGCGCGGGCGGGAUGUGAGGUCCACUGCUUCGAUCCCAGCCAGAAGCAGCCUCACCUGCUGCAGGGUGAAAUGUGGCUCCAUCGGCUCUCCGUGGACUGGAGGGAUCCGAACCCGGCCGUCGUCGCUCAGCGUCAGUACGCCAGCACCAAGAAGCUGGCCACGAUCCUCAACGACUUCGGACACAGAGAGGUGGAUGUGCUGAAGGCAGAUAUGGAGAGCGCAGAAUGGAAGAUUUUGGAGAACCUGAUCCUGGAAGGAGUCCUGGACUCGGUGGGUCAGCUGUUGUUGGAGAUUCACCUUCACUGGGCGGGCUUUGAGGUGGGAGGCGAUGAUCCAACCGUGGUGCGCUACUGGUUCAGCCUGCUGAAGGAGCUGGAGCACGCAAACUUCCGCCUCUUCCACGUGAACAGCGACCCGGCCGCGCCUCACCUCUUCCUGCAUAAGAACGUCCUGAACGCCAGCAGCGCCUACACCCUGAGCUGGGUCAACGCGGCCUGGAAGCCUUGAAGGAAGCCAGAACAGAACCAAAGAAAACGCACAUCCCAGCUUCUGGAUCAGAGCACACGUCGUUGCGAGAGCACGGCUGUUCUUAAAACGGACUUCCCUCCUCUGGCCCGACCCUUUUCUUUUAAUUCGUGCCGUUACUCAACGCCUCCUGGCCUGCGGUGACCUCAGCCGCCCGCAGGGGCGGAGUCAACGUCCUGUAGUGGCAGUGUGGUUGGCUGCAGGUCAGCUCCUUGGAUCACAGGGACCUCGAUCUUCAUGGUCCUCUCUGAGAUUGACUUUGACUUCAAUAGUCUCAACUCAUCAACUGAACCACAGGAAAUUGAUAUUUAGGGGCCGGUGCAUUGGAGCUGCUUAUAAUAUGCAGCAACAAUAACAGGAAUAAAGUGUCACCUCUGGAUUUGUUCAGUGUGUUGGUUGGAUCUUAGAAUGUGUGGGCGAGUGUAUAGGAUUCAAAAAGAAAAUGUGAACUUCAAUUGUCAUUUCUUUUUUUGUUAUAAAAACCAUUGAGAUCUGCAGAAAAGA